UAAAAUUUAAAAAAAAAGCUAAACACACAUCACUCUUGAUUUAAUCGAUAAAUGUAAAAAAAACCGGCGAACAUUGGGCUGUUGGCCACUUCUUGUUAAAUGAAAUAAAACAAAAAUAAAUAAGUAAUAAUAUGGCACUUGUGGACUAUGCCGGCAGCAGCACCUCCGCCUCCGAAGAUGAGGACUCCACCGAAACCAUUCGAACUCCAGCGAUGAGCAGCUUGAAAAGACCGGCCCUGCCCACAGCAGCCGCCCUGCUGGGCCCCAAGAAGCCCAAGCCCGAGGAGUUCGUCGAGGAUGUGGUGGAUGAUCCCGAGCUGCAUGGCGGCCGCAUCCGUAGCUUCAAGCACGAACGUGGAAACUGGGCCACUUACGUCUAUGUGCCGUCAACUGCAUGUGCUGACCAGCUGGAGGAGUUCCAAUCGGAGGCCAUUGCCCGUCUGGAGCCACACGUGGAGCUGCAGCCAAACGAGUCUCUCCAUCUGAGCCUGAGUCGAACAGUGGUGUUGCAGUACCAUCAGAUUGAUGAGUUCUCCCGAUCCUUGCAAACCGCUCUCAACAGCUCAACGGGAUUCGCCGCCACUUUGCGAGGACUGCGUAUUUACACUAACGAGGAGCGAACAAGGACAUUCAUUGCAGCGCCACUAGAUGCUGCUUUUGUUGAGAAGAUGACUGCCAUCCUGCAGCCCAUCGAUCGGGUGAUGCUCGAGUACCGGCAGCAGCAAUUCUAUGAUCCGGCCUCUUUCCACGUCAGCCUUCUUUGGUGCGUGGGUGACCAGGAGAAAGUGCUCAACGAAAAGCUAAAGGAUCUACAAGAGCUCCUUGAAGACCAGGACACACUCUCUCUGGCUGUCAAUGAGGUGCACCUAAAGUGCGGCAACAAGGACUUUACUUACACGCUGAAAUAGGGUAAUGCCAGUCUUUAAUUGAGUAAUUACUAUUCUUAUACAUAUAUAUAUAUAUAUAUGUACAUAUAUAAAUCAGCUGCUUUUAAUUAG